GGGAGUGGGGGAGCGGCGUGGCGUGCUGCGAGGGGUCGCCGCUGCUGCGAGCAGAUCACACUCGGGAACUGGCGUCUGGUCCACUGCUGGGAUUAAAAUGCUUUAUCUGAUUGGACUAGGGCUGGGAGAUGCCAAAGACAUUACCGUGAAAGGGCUGGAGAUUGUAAAGCACUGCCGCAGAGUAUACCUGGAGGCCUACACGUCGGUCCUAACUGUAGGGAAAGAAGCACUGGAGGAGUUCUAUGGGAGAGAAUUGAUUCUGGCUGACAGAGAAACAGUGGAACAAGAAGCGGAUAACAUUUUAAAAGAUGCUGAUCUCUGUGAUGUUGCUUUUCUUGUAGUUGGUGAUCCAUUUGGGGCCACAACGCACAGUGAUCUUGUUCUGCGUGCAGUAAAGCUUGGGAUUCCAUACAGGGUUAUUCAUAAUGCUUCCAUAAUGAAUGCAGUGGGCUGCUGCGGUUUACAGUUGUACAACUUUGGAGAAACAGUUUCUGUAGUUUUCUGGACAGAUACAUGGAAACCAGAAAGCUUUUUUGACAAGAUUCAGAAGAACAAGCAGAAUGGAAUGCACACGCUGUGCUUACUUGACAUAAAAGUAAAGGAGCAAUCUCUGGAAAACCUGAUGAAGAAAGAAGAUUUAAUGAUCCGCCGCGGUACAAUGAGUGUGAAUCAAGCUGCCGAACAGCUCAUUGCCAUUUGUUCAAAAAGGCGGUCUUCAAGGAAAAAACCAGAAGUUACGGAGAACACACUCUGUGUUGGCCUAGCAAGGGUGGGUGCCGUGGAUCAGAAAAUUGCUUCAGGCACCUUACAACAGAUGUCCACAGUAGAACUAGGUGGCCCACUACAUUCCAUGAUCAUAGCAGGCAAUAUGCAUCCUCUGGAAAUAGAUAUGCUUAAGCUCUUUGCUGUGAAUGAAUCGAGCUUUGAAGACAAUGCAUGUCAAAGGAACACUUGAAUAAAGAGCUUUUACCUGCCCCUUGCUUUGUGGCAAUUUUUAAUUUAGUUUUUCUAUCCUUACUUUAAACAUACAAACAGCAUAAGUGGACUUACACUCUACUACCUACACCACUAUGGGAGCAUAAACAUUCCCUCUAACAUGAGUUCACAUACUCUGCAGAUGAAGACAUGGAACUGCAAGUAAAGUGUCCUGUUGGUUUCAGGAUGGCUUUUCAGGAAGGUUUUCACAGGUUUGAGCUCCUUGUGGUGAGAAGCUUCCCCUUCCCAGGGGCACCAUGAAUGCCAGAAGACCUACCCCUGGAGUGGAGGAAUGCCCUCUGACUGGGCAGUGCAGAGGGAAGUUCAGAUGAACCUGAGCAAGAUGAACUGGGUAAGUGUGGGGAAAAAAUAGCUUGCCAGCUCUGUGCACUCUACACCAUGUGCACUGUCCCACUAGCACGAGGUGGACCUGUACCACAUUCUCCAAAUGAGGGAGAAAACAGGAUCAGUGCUCUGGAAAACUUUGCUGUGCUUAGCUCCUGUCCUACUAUACCACCCAAAGAUGUAAUUAAUUUGGCCUAUUGUGUGCAAUUGGGGAAAUGAAUGUGGAAAGAAAUUAACUGGGGGUUAUGGGAAACAGUCAGGCCUGUCCAUAAACCCUACCUUAGAAAAGGAAAUAAAGGUGAGAAUGUUGCAGCCUAGGAAUCUGUUGAAGUGGUGACUGUUAAUCACCUGAAAAUGGCAGGGAACAGAAGAAGCCACAUAGUCUGUGCCACACAUUGCGAGGUAGUUCUUCGAGCUCUACAACAUGGACUUUCAAGAUCCUUACUUGCCAGCUAGUCACAUCAGAAAACACACAUGCAGGGUUUUUUUAACCAAGUUUUAUUGAAAGGAAAAUUUGAUCCCAAAUCUUUUUCAAAUACAUCAGAUGAAACAUUUUACUUAAACCAUUCAAGUAGAAAAAAAAGAUCAAAAUUUUUAAUAUUGCACUUGGGGCAAGUCAUAAUGGCUUAACGUCAGCACUCCCCAACCAAGUUACAGUAUAGCAUCUCCGCAAUUUUAUUUAGAAUGAGCAGUUUCCUACUCGAAACAUUUGUUUAGAGAUGUUCUAAUACCACAGUAUUAAAUUUAAGCACACCAGUAAGAGUACUUCAUGUAUUUAAAAAUUAACUGGAAAGGCGCAAACAGUACUGUGUUGCUGCUAGGAAUGGUUUUGGCAAUUUUUUCAUUCACAUUCCUUCAUGUGCUAGCCAGCCCCCUCGGUAGCUACUAAUUUCAACUCUUGAACUAGAUCCUGGCACAUACUACCAUCAAGGGUUUUUGUAUAUGUGGGAAGUGAAAUAUGCAAAUUCCUUUACACAACAGUGCUUCUGCCAAACAUUGUAUGCAGAGUAAAAUUACCCCACAGGCAGGAACAUACACUUGAAGUGUGGCUCACUAAACCUGAAAGGUAGAUUAUUCUGCAUUUGUACAUAGAGAGAUGAAUAAAUAUUUCAGUUGCUAGCAGAUCCUGGGAGAAUGACCUGCAUCUUUUGAAAGGGUACUAUAACAACCUCCUGCCCAUGAAGGCCAGACAUGGAUAGUCACCAACACAAGGGCUUUGAGGAAAAUGGGUGUAAAAUAAAAA